UGCAAGGACCUCUACAAUUUAACGUACAAAAGCUAUACGGUUGUGUUUUCCUGUUAAUCUUUUCGUUUUGUGAUACUCGUAUUGCUCGAUAUAAUGUGCCACAUAUCAAACUGCAGUUCCCUAAAGAUUGCCCUGGCCUUCUUGUCCGUAAACAUAUUUUGGCUUUUCAAGGUGUAUCCUCCGGCAGGUGACGGACCUGCUAAAUGCCCUACCCCAGAGUCAUCUUCCCGGCCAGCAGUCCCGCCAGAUUGUCCCUAGCAUCCGGAUAUUGCAUAUGCACUCCUGCAGCCGCUGAAUAAUAUGGAUGGCUUGGGAGUCCUUAACAAUACUGCCACCAUGGCAUUCCAUGACGUCGACUUGAGCUUUGGACGCUGGGACAACCAGCAGCUUUACAGGAUCAAGGACUUUGCCUUGCUGGGUGAGCAGUAUGCAGACUCUUCGGAGGCGAAUUUUGUUUGCCUCGCCACACAGACUUCGGUGGAGCGGCUGAAUUCUCUGCCUCAGGUGUCUGCCAAUUGGCAGGGAAAGAUGUCAGUGGCCCUGUUUGCCGCCGGCCACGAGGAGUUCAUUGUCCUUCAGUACUUUGUUACCUAUAUGCGCUUGUGCUUUGCCAACAUCCGAGAGAAUGCAACCUUUCACAUACUCACGCCCCGGGAUUACGAAAAGUUGCCUAGGGUGGAGGCCGUGCCAUACAAUAUUAAAGGGAAAUUUGACUGUCAGUAUCCCGACAGAACCAUGAAGGCCUUGCUGAAGUUCCGCACGCUAAAGACUUUGCAGUGGCGACAACGGAAUACCUAUCCCCAGAAUCACAUGAGAAACUUGGCACGCAAGGGCUGUCAGACGAAGUACGUCUUUCUCACGGACAUCGACAUCGUUCCCAGUACCAAUAGUGUGCCGCAACUGAACCACUUUUUCCGAACAGCAAACUGUUCCAAAAGCUGCGCCUAUGUUAUUCCCACUUUUGAGAUAGAUGUCCGAGCCACGUUUCCCCGCUCCAAGAGUGGCUUGCUGAGAUUGAUAAAGAAAGGCUUGGCAAGGCCCUUUCAUGAGAAAGUCUUCAUUUACAACCAGUACGCCACGAACUUUUCCAAAUGGUUGUCCACCAAUCCAAAUGAAACAGAGGUCUCUGUAAGCCAUAUCGUUACCAAUUUUGAGUUCCUCUACGAGCCAUUUUAUGUGGCAGUCGAUAAUGUACCAGCACAUGACGAAAGAUUUCUUGGCUAUGGAUUUACCAGAAACUCUCAAGUUUAUGAGAUGCAUAUAGCUGGCUAUCAGUUCUAUGUCCUGUCGCCUGUUUUCACUGGCCACUGGGGUCUCCAGAGGAAGCAGGCUCGACCUGCUUGGAGGGAGCAGCAGAACAAUGCCAAUCGGAGAAAAUUUGACGUUUUCAAAAGCGAAAUAUUUGUGCGAUAUAAGAACGACCCACGUCUUCUGCUAAAGGCCAAGAAGAAUCAGAUUAUAGUUAAAUAAAUAACUGAAUGUGAAGUUCAAACUACUCACAGUACAAUUAGGAAAUUGGAACUAAUUUAAGUAAAAAGAGUGUAAAAUUAUAGGUGUCGUAUUUAGAUUUUUUAUUUGCAAUCGUGACAAAAACUAUGUAUCUAUCGCCAGUUCACUUAUUUAAGAUGGGUGGAGAAACAAAACAUGAAAUUGGCGGAGACAAAAGAUCAAAUCGCUUUAUUCAAUACUCCUAAUUAUAGAAGAAUAUCAACUGGAUAUUGUGUAUAAAUAAAACGCUAAUACCGCUAA